UUCGGAAACGAAGGGCUCGUUGCGCCUCUUCCUUCUCUUCUUGUCCUUCUUCAUGCCGCUUCAAUCAGGAUAUUCUCUUUCCUUCAACAUAUCUCGGUUCGACCCGCACGCCACAGACAUGGUCUAUGAAGGCGACGCGAGGCCGAACGUUGGGACCAUCGACUUCACCAGCCUCACUUACUCUUGCCAUGUCGGCCGGGCAUUUUACGCGGAGAAGCUGCGGCUCUGGGACUCCGCCUCUAGGAGGCUCACGGACUUCUCCACUCACUUCUCCUUCGCCAUCGACACGCGGAACCAGUCGGGGUAUGGGGCGGGCUUGGCCUUCUUCCUCGCCCCGGUCGGGUUCCAAAUCCCGGUCAAUUCUGUUGGUGGCUUCUUAGGCCUGUUCAACACCACGUACAGUGACUCGCCCUCAAACCAAAUUGUCGCGGUCGAGUUUGACCCCUUUGCCAAUCCCGAAUGGGAUCCUCCAUAUGAGCACGUCGGGAUCAACAUCAACUCCAUCGCCUCGGCCGUGACCACCCCUUGGAACGCUAGCUUCCACAGCGCUGACACCGCUGAUGCGUGGAUUGUGUACAACUCCGAGACCAAGAACAUGAGCGUUUCUUGGAGCUAUCAGACUACGCCGAACCCACAAGAGAACACAAGUAUUUCGUAUCAGAUUGAUCUCACCACUAUCUUGCCCGAGGAGGUGAUGAUCGGUUUCUCAGCUGCGACUGGCUAUUACAUUGAACGUCACCAGCUUGAAUCUUGGUCCUUCAAUUCAAACCUCGAAGUCAAGCAACGGCAAGGAAAUGCAAAAAGGACAAAGUUGGUUGUCGGCUUAGCAGUUCCGCUGGGGGUCCUACUCUGCGGCAUCGCAGCAACAUCGGCAAUCCUCUGGAGGAGGAGGAGGAGGCAGGGGAGGAGCGAGAGAUUGGAGACGGCAAACAUAACGUCCAUAAAUGACGAGCUUGAGAGAGGCGCCGGGCCACGGAGGUUUUCAUACACAGACCUCGUUUCCGCCACCAACAACUUCGCCGCAGAGAGGAAGCUGGGCGAGGGUGGGUUCGGGGCAGUCUACAGGGGAUAUCUGGUUGGCCUGGAUGCGGUGGUUGCGGUCAAGAGGAUAUCAAGAGGGUCUAAACAGGGGAAGAAGGAGUUCAUCACCGAAGUGAAGGUGAUCAGCAGCUUGAGGCACAGAAACUUGGUGCAACUCAUAGGUUGGUGUCACGAGGCGAGCGAGUUCCUGCUCGUCUACGAGCUCGUGCCAAACGGGAGCCUUGACACGCACCUCUUCGGCAAGAAGAGCCCUCUAGGCUGGGCUGCCCGGUACAAGAUUUCGGUCGGGCUUGCCUCUGCGCUCCUCUACCUCCACGAGGAGUGGGAGCAGUGCGUGGUGCACCGGGACAUCAAGUCGAGCAACGUGAUGCUGGACUCGGGGUUCAAUGUCAAGCUCGGAGACUUCGGGCUGGCCCGUCUCAUGGACCACGAGCUUGGGCCACAGACGACUGGGCUGGCCGGCACGUUCGGGUACUUGGCCCCGGAGUAUGUGAGCACGGGGCGGGCAAGCAAGGAGUCCGACGUGUAUAGCUUUGGGGUGGUUGCGCUCGAGAUUGCGACGGGACGGAAGUCCGUCGACCCAAUGUACCAAUCCUUGGAAAUGAGUUUGGUGGAGUGGGUGUGGGACCUUUAUGGGAGAGGCCAGGUUGUCGAGGCCAUGGAUGAGAGGCUUCAAGUGGAUUUCGACCGGAAACAAGUGGAGUGCUUGUUGGUGGUGGGCUUGUGGUGUGCUCAUCCCGACCGAAGCCUGAGGCCCACCAUAAGGCAGGCGCUUCAAGACCUCAAUUUCGAGGCUGCGGUGCCGGUUCUUCCUAAUAAAAUGCCCGUCGCAGUGUACCACGCGCCGUUGCCACCGUCUGUCAACUCCGGCGAGCCAGUCAUCACGAGUAGUAUCCAAGAAGGUCGUUGAGCGUGGUUGAUUGACAAUUGGAAAGGAUGGAACAAGAAUUAU